AUGGCGGAGUGCGGUGAGAAGUUAUAUCCAAAGUGUAACAAUAGCGUGUGGUUGAGGUCAUGCGAUGAAGAGGUAACGCAGCCUAUUUCUGGCACGGUUACAGGUAAUUUUCCUUCUUGGCUACGAGGAAGUUUAUUACGAAAUGGACCGGGAUCGCUGAAAGUUGGUUCAAUGCGAUUCGAACAUUUGUUUGAUAGUUCAGCGCUUGUACACAGAUUUUCAAUCGUUGAUGGGACAGUUACAUACCAGUGUCGUUUUAUACGCUCUAACACAUUCAAAAGGAACCACGCAGCCGAACGUAUUGUCGUUACAGAAUUUGGAACAAAGGGCGUGCCGGAUCCUUGCCACUCUAUCUUUGAUAGAGUCGCUUCAAUAUUUAAACCGUUUGAGAUGUCAGACAAUACUAUGAUAUCCUUGUAUCCUUUUGGGGAUGAAAUGUACACAUUUACUGAGGCACCAUUUAUGCAUCGGAUAGAUCCGAAGACCCUCGAUACUCUGGAGAGAAAAAAUAUGAUGGAGUGCGUUGCCCUCAUAAAUCAUACAUCUCACCCACACGUCAUGCCAAACGGAGAUGUUAUCAACGUAGGCAUGUCUAUUGUAAAAGGCAGAAUAAAGCAUGUUGUUGUCAAAUUUCCAUACAAGGAAAAAGGUGAUAUGUUCGAACGGGCACAUGUAAUUGGUAGCAUGAAACCACGUUGGUCACUACAUCCGGCGUAUAUGCAUACUUUUGGUGUAACCGAAAAUUACUAUGUGAUUAUCGAGCAGCCUUUAACAGUAUCAGUAUGUGGCGCUGUUCGAAGCCAAUUGGCAAAUAGGCCUAUUGCUGCUACUUUACAGUGGUAUCCAGAUUAUGAGACAAAUAUAGUGCUAAUUAGUAAACAAACUGGCAGGGAAGUGAAACGUUACCGCACCGAAACGCUGUUUUUCCUUCAUACUAUUAAUACUUUCGAGCAGAACGGUAAAUUGGUCGUCGAUUUGUGUGCCUAUAAGGACGCAAAAGCGUUGGAUGCUAUGUACGUUAAGGCAAUAGAGACCAUGCAAAGUAAUGCGAAUUACGCGGAAUGGUUUCGUGGUAGACCUAAGCGUCUGGAAGUGUCCCUAGAUGCGCCUUCUAUGAGCAUUAUAAAACCACAACUGCUGGCCGAUCUGGGUUGCGAAACGCCAAGAAUACACUAUGACGCGUGUAAUGGAUGUCCAUAUAGAUAUUUUUACGCAAUCAGUUCAGACGUAGAUGCGGAAAAUCCCGGAUCUAUAAUUAAAGUGGACACGUGGACUGGAAAGACAAAAACAUGGUUUGACUAUGACUGCUAUCCAAGCGAGCCGGUUUUUGUUCCAGAACCAGAUUGUAAGGAGGAGGACGCAGGAGUAUUAUUGAGCGCAUUGGUUUGGGGCUCGCGCGAGUGCUGUGUGGGUCUUCUGGUGCUGGACGCGCGUUCAAUGCAAGAGUUAGCACGUGCGGUUUUUGAUACACCGUCUCCAACACCCAAGUGUCUUCAUGGCUGGUUUCUACCUGAACGCACUUAA